AAAAACUAAUGAACAAAAAUGAACUACACCUACGUGUAACGUGUCUUCAUGGAUCCGUCUUCUCUUCAUUCGGGAAUUUUAUCGAACACUUGGGCAGCUCUCCUUCAUUUUCAUCACGAACAAACGUCUUAGAGGACACGUGCCACAAACCCAGAUUAAUCAUCUGAGCUCACGUGUCUCUACUCUCUACACCCAGUAUCUUCCUUUUCACACCGUCAUUGCUACUUCUUCAUCCGCCGUAGUCAUCUUCAAUCCAAAUCCUAGAACAACUCACAAUGCUACGCUCUAAACAUGCCCUUCUGUUCCCAAAAACCAUUUGGGUCAAUCUACGUCACUACAGAAGCCUCCAUCGGAAAGCUGACCUCGAAAAAGUGGGUCCUUUAGCUUCCCUCCUCAAAUCCCGCUCUGUGGUCCGGUUCCGAGGACCAGACACCGUCAAAUUCCUCCAGGGACUGUUGACCAACGAUGUACGACGAUUAGAUGAACCCGCGAGUGAGAAGGAUUCAUCGACUCUGGUCACGCCCAAUUUGGCUACGGUCUCCGCUCCACCCAUGUACGCUGCACUGCUCAGUCCUCAGGGGAGAUUCUUGUACGACCUGGUUCUGUAUAGACCGGCGAGAGCUGAGGAUAAGCUUAACGAGGCUGGAUCAGGACCCGGGUCCGACCCAGAUGAGGCUUUUGAGCUCUUUGCUGAUGUUGAUGCUUUUGUCUUGGAUGAGCUCUUGAACACCUUAAAAAGGUAUCGUUUGAGGUCCAAGGUUGAGAUUGAGAACGUUGGGGAAGACUUCUCUUGCUGGCAGCGUUAUGGGGGAAGCCUUACUAAAACUUCCUCAGAUGUAGAAGAGCCAGAGGCUGCUAGCGUUGGCUGGGGUUCCGGCGUUGAUCGGUCUGGGGAGUCAGCUUCCCAUGGGAACAAACAUGGAACACAGUGGUACAAGGAUCCUAGAUUGGACUGCCUUGGUUUUAGGGGAAUCUUCCCAUCUAAUACAACACCACCUCUGGUUGAAGCUGAUAAAGAAACUGAUGAAAAGAAUUACAUUUUAUGGAGAGUAGAAAAUGGAGUUGCAGAAGGCUCAAUUGAGAUUCCAAAAGGUGAGGCAAUUCCUCUUGAAUACAACCUGGUGGGACUAAACGCAAUAAGCUUUGACAAAGGAUGUUAUGUUGGCCAAGAGUUUGUAGCACGGACCCACCAUCGUGGGGUCAUUCGCAAGCGCUUGCUUCCUUUAAGAUUUGUUAAUAGCCGUGGAGAAGAAUUGGAGCAGAAAAUCUCUCCUGGCUCAGAAGUAGUUGAUACCGAGACAGGCAAAAAAGUCGGUGCUAUAACGACUGUGAUUGGAUGUCGAGGGCUGGGUGUCCUGCGUCUGGAGGAAGCCUUCAAAAGAUCAAGUGCAUUAACCAUACAAGGACAGGAGGAUGUAAAAGUUGAGGCUACAAGGCCAGAAUGGUGGCCUGCUGAAUGGUUUCAAGAAUAUCAACAGGACAGGGCAGUUGCUUAAGAAAUUUGGUGUUACCAGUUUCACUGAAUGAAUAUAUAUGAGCUUGUACUUGGUUCGUUUAUUCUUUUACAUAGAUGAAAGCUGAAAUAAUAGAAAGAGUACCGGGAAGGAGGUAAUAAAAUAUUGAAGGUGUACUUGUAUAGAUUGAUCUCAUGAUUUCUUUUUUCUUUUUUUACUGCUUACCAAUGGUUUUUGGGUAAGGAAAGGUAACAAAUUUUUAAGUAGAAAUCAUGGAUUUAAACCUUUAAGAAAAUGUCAAAUUGCACCUUAAAAGGCAUAAACAGUAAGAGCACUCUAUUUGUUUUAUAUUUAUAGAAUAUUAUUUAUUACUCUAAA